CGAAAGUUGAAUAACUGAAGUUUCAUCAAGUAAUAAUCUUCUCAAUAUGACUAUUACAGUCGGAAUCGCCGGUAUAACCGGCAAGUUCGCCCGCGAACUCGCGUCAAUACUUCUCAAAUACCCCGAUAUCAAGAUUAAGGGGUACUGUCGUGACCCUUCUAAAGUUCCAGAGCCAUUAUCUUCCAAGGUUGAGCUUUCGAAGGGGGAUGCCUUCGACACGUCCGCUGUCCGUUCCUUCGUCGCCGGGUGCGAUGUGGUUGUGUGCUGCUACCUCGGCGACGGCAAGUUGAUGGCGGACGGGCAGAAAGCGCUCGUCGACGCCUGCGCUGCCGAGGGCGUCCCGCGCUAUGUAGCUUCGGAUUGGACGUUGGAUUAUACUAAGCUUAAGCUAGGAGAUCUCUUCCCCAAGGAUCCGAUGAUCCAUGUCAAGGCGUAUCUAGAUGCCCAAGACAAGGUCAAGGGCGUACAUAUCUUGGUCGGCAUGUUCAUGGAGGUCUUCUUUAACCCGGUAUUCGGUACCUGGGAUGCUGAUUCUGCAACUCUCAAGUAUUGGGGCACGGGUAACGAGAUAUGGGAAGCUACUACGUACCGGAAUGCGGCUGAGUAUACCGCAGCGGUUUGCGCAGAUAAGAACGCCGUCGGGAUUAAAAAAUUUGUCGGCGGGCGGGCAACAAUCCGCGAGAUCGCUGAAUCCUUCGAGAAAGUCUACGGGGUAAAGCCUAAGCUCGAGAACCACGGCUCAUUGGAUGAUCUGUUCAGGCAUAUGCAUAGCCUGAGAGAGAAAGACCCUCAAAAUGUCUUCUCCUAUAUGUUUUUAUUUUAUCAGUACUAUAUGACCAACGGACAGGCGCAUCUGGGUCCCGAGUGCGACAACGAUCAAUAUCCUCAAGUCAAGCCCGUAAAUUGGGAGGACUAUCUGAGAUCGGUUCCGAAGGACCAAUUAUUGAGUGCUCACUCAAAUGUCGGGAAAAGUACUUAAGGAGACGAUGAG